GUAUCGUAUUUCGAGAAAAUUGUUUUUAGCAAUGGAUUUAAAUACAAGAUUAACCAAAAUAUUUACUACUUUGGUGGAUUUAGGGUUAGUACAUCCUCAAGAGUUAAGUUCCACAUCAGGAUGCCAUAAAUCCUUUCUUGAUGUUUUUCAUUUACUGUUAUCAUUCCCUUUUAUCCCAUCCUUUUUCACUUAACUCCUGUCUUUGUGUAACCCCCCAAAAAAACUACGUCUUUUUUUUUUUAAGUGUCUCAUUUAGUUCUGUUUUCAAUAUUAAUUUGUUUGAUUUGUGUUUUGUUGGUAUUUUAGUUCAUUUUGAUUUUGUUUUUAGUGGCAUCCUGAUAUGGCACUCUUUCCAUAGAAAGAUUGAGAGCUUAAAGCAUCAAGACCAGACAGGAUUUUAAAGGAGGUCAAAGAUCAAGCAUGUAAAUAUCUCAUUUUUGGUAGUGAGCAGUGCAUAUUGUAAUCACUCGUACUUUAGCUAAACAAUAAAACGUAUUCAGAAUUUAAAGAAAGAUCAUGUUUACGUGGAAAAAAACUCAACUUCCAUCUCGUCCUGAAAUUCCACCAAUUGAUGAUAUUUUGAAAGAUUUAGAAAAUGUUAUGAAGGAUGAUGUUGUAAUAUCUGUAUCUCCAACAUCCUUAUGUUCACAUUCUCUAUCAGAAAGCUCUGGACAUCUGAGUACGUCCAGCCAAAGUGAAGCAGAAAGUAAAGAUACGGUUGAUAUUCAAAACAAAGAUUCUUCAUCCUUCAGUGAUAGUGACCUAGAGCCUGAGGAGGCAUUUCAAAAAGUAAAGCAGUUUUUUGAUUUAAAUAAAAAAAUUGAGAAAAGUCUCGAACUGUUACAAUGUCAUACAGACAAGCUUCAAGAUGUUACUGAACACCUGAGUGAAGAGAUAGCUGUGAUAAGUGAUUCUGUCCAUUCUGUAACGUGAACAUCAAGUCAUCGACUGAUUAUCAAGCAGACAAAAAAAAAUAUAAUACAACUGAAAAUGACAAGUUGAAAUAUGGGAGAAAAGGUUAUGUUUGAAAUGGAUUUUCAAUGAAAGGAGUACGUUAAGAACAGAGGAAAUAUUAAAUAUUGAAACAGAUCCAACGUUUUCUUCCUGUAGAGUUUUAUGUCACAAAUAAUUGUGUAAAAAAUUAUAUCUUAAGAGUUCCUUACUUAAUGAAGACAUCUACCAUGACUGUUGUAAGUUUAUUUUAAGUUGAAACUGCAUUAUUUGCUUAAUACUUUUUUAAAAAUUCACCAUCAAAGAAUAUUGCCAUGAAAUGUGAUUAACAGUUUUUGAUCAAAUGUGUUUAGAAAGUAAACUUUUUAGAACAGUAACUUUUCGAUAUUGUACAAAUGGCUCAGUUGAGAAUAAACUUUAUUCAUAUUAAGUUAA